CAAGCGGUGGCAUGUUGGCUCAGAGGUUUGAUAGGGUUUGUUCUAGCUGGACGGAAGUCCGCGGUGUCUUCUCAUGGCUGCCCUCCCCCUGGAAGUGACCUUGUAUCAUUAUCCCCGAACGCGCUCAACUCGAGUGCUAUGGUUACUUCAUGAGCUGGGAGACAAGGUGAAUGUCACUUGCAAGCGGGUGGAGCUGAUGAAGGGAGAAGCGUAUUCCCCGGAGUUCAUGAAAAUGAACCCAAACCAUGCUCUACCGGUCCUGCUCUACAAGGAUGCAUCUGGUGAGGAUCAAGCAGUUUUUGAGUCCUGCGGAAUUGUAGAAUUCUUGACAGAGGCAUUGGCUGCAGGGCAGCUUGCCCCACCAAUUGGCCUUUCGAAGGAGCGCGCUGAUUACCAGAAAUGGCUGUGGUUCUCUGGAAGUUGGAUGGACCAGCUCUUGUGGCAGCUCCGCCAGCAUGACUCCAGUGGGAUUCUUCCUGCGGAUCAGAAAGACAGCCGUGUAGUCGAUCGGACCAAAGCAAAGUGGAUCAAGGAGAUAGAACCUCAAAUUGUGGCUCAAAUAGAGGCAACAGGCAAUAAGUACCUCCUUGGUGAGCAGUUCACAUCUGCGGACGUCAUCAUGGGACAUAACCUCAAGUGGAGCCAAGCAUAUGGACUCUGUGAAAGCCAGGUCUUGCUUGACUAUUUAGCACGCCUCGCAGAGAGGCCUGCCUGGCAAGCAGCCUGGGCAGAUGCGGCGACAUUCGGAAAGUAGAGAUCCAUGCAGAAACACCGGCGCAGCGAUUCGAUCGAUCCUGAGAGUACGGAUUUGCAACACUGCCAGGCUAGCCUUUGAAAGGCAACUGGAUUUGUAGCACAGGCUUGGCGCAGCCAGCGAAGCCACCCAGGUGACCUCAAAGCAAGGGCGCCUGGGGGCCGCAGGUAGCAAACCUGUGGGAGAGCAAAGG